AGAUUUUUAGUAGCGAGGAGAGACUUAUUGCUUUCGCCGUCUUUGGUUAUCAACGGACUCAACAUGCCGGCGAACAAGAAGAAGUCUUUGUCCACCGCCGCCCGGGUGGCCAAGCGGCAGCGCGACUGGGAGGAGAUUGAGGAAGGUCGGAAGAAGCAGCGCAAUGCGGACGAGUUCGACCCGGAAAACUUCGCCAACCGUAACAAGUUCACGCACGGGUACCAUGUGCAAACCAGCGCCAACCCGGUGCUCGGCGAGGGCGAAAUGAAGACCGUGCGCAAGGGGACCUACGACGAGGGCAAAGGCGUGUGCGUCGGGAAGGUGCUGAAGGCGGGGCACGAGAAAGCCACCCUCGACGGCGACGUGAAGGCGGCGGAGAAGGCGAAGACCUACCUGGCCGGUUUCCAGAAGUACUUCGCGCAAAAGUUCCCGAGUAUGAAAAAUCAGAUGGCACUGAAGAUGAACAUUCCGGAGGUCUGGAUGUGCUGCGGCAGGGCCGACGACCCCAAGGGCCGCAUCCGGACGCGCGUCGAGAAGAACUUUGGCGGGAGUGUGGUCCUGGUGGAGCCCUUCAUCGAGAACUUCAUGAAGUUCAACUCCAACACGGGCGCGACGGCCCCGGAGGCGCUGGUCGCCCAGGCGCUCUCGCACUACUCCUACCACGCGUCCAACGGGGAGGAGGUCUUGUGCGACCUGCAGGGCGGGAAGGUCCAACACGAGUACACCUUUUCGGACGUGGCGAUCAACAGCAAGCAGGAACAGUACGGCGCCGCCGACCUCGGCGCGCUGGGGAUCGAAACCUUCUCCAGCCAGCACCGCUGCAACCACUUCUGCUGCCCCUCGUGGCGGAAGUGGGAGGGCGCCAAGCCGCGGCUCGUGGUCGGCCUCGGCACGACCGGGCGGAACCAGGCGGGCGCCGGACUCGCGACGAGUACCGGAUUCAAGGAACUGGAACCCUUCAAGAUCCUCUUCACCCAGCAGUCCAUUUCCAACCACUUCAAGCAGGCUGAGUUUGGCGGGCCCGGAAUGUUGAAUAUGAACAAAUCGCUCACUCUGCAGGACACGGCGGAGGCCAUCGCGGGCCAGGAACUGCACAAGCGGCAGAUCCCCAUGAUCCGCAUUGUGAAAGACCCCGCUACUGGCAGCUGGCGGUCCCUGGACAACCGGCGGUUGGCGGUCUUCCGGCUGCUGCAAAUGUGCGGAAAGAUCAGCUUCGUCCGGUGCAAGGUGGAGACCCUGUCUGACGACCGCAUCCGCCAAGAGUUUGACAGCAAAACCCGCGAGAACACGAGCAACGGGAAGAGCAUCCAGGUGCGACAGACGGGCUUCCAGAUCGGGGACAAUGUGGAUGACACCCGUUGCGGGGGAUUGUUGCAGCGUUUGAAAGAGGUAAAGAACGCGGCGGCGCAAAUGACCGACGCCGAGAUGCAGACCUAUUUGCAAACGAUGACCGGGAAAAAUGCGGAGAUGGAGUAGAAGCGGAGAUGGAUUUUAUCUUUACGUUUACGUACUUUUUCAGUUUCACGCCGAACUUGUGAGGAUGUACGUGAAGAGGAGGCCACGUCGUGCUAGCGGGGUCCAGCAGCUGAUGGCGUCAAUGAGACCACGGGUAAAGAUCAAACAACUUCUUCAUCUCAUUCCAUAUAUGAGAGUCCUUUUUCCUCCUGAAGAUUCUCCUGUUUGCUUUCGCUUUUACAUAUUUGUACGAAGAUACGGCUUCAUUUCCAGCGAUUGAUCAAUGCGAUCUUUCCAUCAACAUCUUCAUCCCACAUGCGUACUUAUCUACAACAAGCAACUAUACUAUGACUUUCAUAAUUUUCAAUAAAUGGAAUCUAUCAGCCGCAGGAGAGGAUUUCGCGAGAAGAAAU